AUGAGAUGUUUAACUAAAAUAAGGUAUGGUAAACGUUUUUGACCAUAUUAGGCUGUUCAAAUAAUUUAGUGCCCCCAAACCCCGAAAAUGUUCUUUAAGAAGGGGCAGAAAAUUAUUUGAACAACUUAGUACCUUGUUUUAGUCAAAAAUGUCGUCAGCCAACUGAUUACAUUAAAAAAGACUUGUCAAAUCUAACAUAAUAUACCAAUUAUGUUCAAACGAGAAUAUAUGAAGAUAUCAAUAUAUUGCUACCAAACCUUAAUAUCUUUAAAAAGACAGCUUUCAGUUUGAAACACGGAAUCGACAACUAUAUUGGGAAAGGGAAAUCAAGCUUUUUUUACAGUGAACGAGCUCCUCCGCUUGUCAUAACCAAGGUAAGUAGCCCAAAUUUAGCGAAUCUUUUUUGAAAUUACACAAUUUUUGAACAACAAAGAUCAAAUUUAACGUUUUUUUGUGGAAAAGUGGUUUAAUUGUGUCAUUUCUACAGUAAAAAAUGGGGUUUUAACGGUAUCGUUUUUGAAAAAUUACAGUUUUAAAAAUUUUUGCCCCUGCACGGUGCAAAAAAUAACAAGGAAAGUACCCAACCUGCCCCGCUCAGAACAUUUCCGAAGACAUUUCUCUCUAAAAACCAUAUUUCUUUCCAGGAAUGGCAGAACAACAACGUAGAAUGUCUGGACGCCCACUUCCAAUCGCCCCUAGGCUUCUACUACCCCGAACUCUACCCCACCGAAAAUGUGAUGACCUGCCAUUGGAGAGGACAUUUUAUAAAGGACGUGAAGCGAAGAAAAGGGCUUGUCAUCAUAUUGGCACCAACUGGAGAUCACACGUUCACGUUGAGGGAACGAUCAUUCACAUCGAACCUUCUGAACGAAGGAAUCAGCUCGAUCCUGGUCGAAAAUCCAUUUUAUGGCAGGAGGAAGCCACCAGGUAGGUAUGGGCUUUGAAGUUUGGAAGCCAAAAAAGACACAGAGCAACUCGAGUUAUGGCAUUUUGCCACAGGACUAGCUAUGGCAUUUUAAAUUAUACUACACCGAGAUCUGAACCUUGUGAAUGAUAAUACAGCCUAAACUUGAAAGUUGACGAUAACAUAGAUAAAUAAAAACAUGCUUUCCAGAACAAUUUCGAUCCUCGCUUCGAAAUGUGUCCGAUCUCUUUGUGAUGGGAGCUUCUCUCAUCGUGGAAUGCAACUACCUCCUCAGAUGGGCGAUAGAACAAGGUCAUGGACCCCUGGGCCUAGCCGGCGUUUCAUUAGGCGGCUACAUGGCUGGACUAGCAGCCACCAACUCCCCUGUGCCCGUAGCAGUCGUACCGUGCCUGUCCUGGACCAGCGCCGCUCCAGUCUACACUCGAGGCGCCUUGGCCGACGCCAUAAACUGGGAAUCCUUGGCCAACGAACUCCAAGACCCCAAGUUCAUCGACGCCAUGGCCCAGAUUAAAGGACAGGACUGGCUUCAUCGCCUCGACCACAACCCUCCAGUCAAGUACGACGACUUUGACCGUGCCAAAACGUUCAUGUGGAUUCUGAUGGAGCAGUUCACUUGUCUCAGCAACUACCCAGUGCCAUUAAGACCGGACUUGGCCACGUUUGUUGUUGCCGAAAACGAUGCCUAUAUUGAACAGGAAGGAGCUCCACACAUCCACCAACUAUGGCCCGAUUCGGCGGUCACAUCGUUGCCAAACGUGGGCCAUGUCCUCGGAUUCAUCCAGAAACAGUCCGUCUUCCGGGAAACCCUCAUACGAAUGUUGGACAAAGCGGGUCAAGCUCAAAAACAGGUCAUCUCCAAGUGA